AUGUUGUAUGGUAAGCCUAAUGCAUUCUCCCAGAUUGCGCUGGCCUUUCGUAGUGACCAGUACACCCUGAAGCAGAGGCUGCAGGCAGAGGAGCAUGCUAGGAACCUGGCUGAGGAGAACAUCCAGCUGGAGCUGAUGAGAGGCCGGGAGACACUGGAGACUCUAAAGGCUCUGUGUCUGGACAGUUUGCGCAGUAAGAUCCUCCAGAGACUAGAGCUGUGUCUGGAUAUACUGGGAGGAACAGUGGAGAGAAUCUCCAACACAGCAGAGGUGUUGGGAGCUGUACAUCAGGAGGCUCGUGUGAGUCGAGCGGUGGAGCUGAUGGUGAGCCACGUUGACAACCUGAAGAGGCGUUAUGAGAGAGACAUCACGGAGCUGGACGAGACCAAGAAACUCAACAGGAAAAUCCUCCGUAGGAACUACAGCGACCCUAGAGAUGAAGGAGAGUUCAGGCAGAAGGACAAUAAAACCUCUCAGCAGUUGCACAUUGGUGCAAGUCGCCGAAGGGUCAGCAUAGCAGUGAUCACCAAACAAGCCCAGGUCUGCGCAGUUCAAGUCCUUCCUCUCCAAAGACAUGCACGUACCCACGCACACCAACUAUCUGCCUAUUCUUUUGCCUCAGGAAAAUAGAAAAUGGGAAAGAGGGCUGCAGAAGUCAUUCUCAUUAGAUCAUGGGAUAGGCAAGAAGUCACUCUCAACCCCAUCUCCAUCAAUGGACUCCAUCACAGAGUCCAACCCUUCAGUCAUGGUCAAGACAGAAGAGAUGGAUGUUCCCUUACUGGCUGGCAGACCACAAGAAGCCCCUGAUGAUAACAAACAAGAAGUCGCUGCUGUUGUCCAGUCACCACCUGAACCAGACCCCUCUCCAGUCUAUACAGCACCCUGUCCCACUCUCACACACAAGCCAAACGAAGUGGACACCAAGAAAAACAACAUAAGGUACAGUAUAGAAUUUACACAUAAAUAACAUUUCCUGUAGCCAAUACGACACCUUUUUAUAUGCAAGGGGAAGUCCUCAGGACUAAAUUAUACUGAAU